AUGAGGUUUGUCCAAUAUAUUCCGACUGGAAUUCCAAACGAAGAUGGUGAGUUCCCGGGAAGGAACUAUACAGUUGGAAAAGUCAUACAACAACUGUAUGAUAUUAGGAAAGCUUCAAACCCCAAACUUGCAAUGACACUCAAAUUGCUUAUGAAUUCGACAUGGGGAUAUUCCAUUAAGAAACCUCAAGAGAUGAAGAGUAAACAUUAUGAGAAGGUCGACAACUUUGUUGAAAGGUUUUCUCCUUUUGUUUUGAAGUACGAAUUCACUCAAGGUCAAAGUGGCUUAGUAACCACAUUAAAACCUAUUGUCGAACAUUGGUCUUACCCUCAGUUCGCAAAGGCAGUCCUUGACAACUACAAUGAGUUCUUCUCCGAUGUUAAAUCGAAAGUGAAGGUAUACUAUGAGAACAUUGACGCACUCAUGACGAACGAAGAAGGAUACAACAAACUCAUUGAAAUGGGUUUAGUCGGUGAAAAGAUGGGUCAAUUCAAAUUGGACAAAAUUUUCACCGAAGUUCAUGUCCUCUCCAAGCGUAAGUAUUGGGGUAUACUUGAAGACGGCACAGAAAUAAAACAUUGCAUGAAGUAA